CUCAUCGACCAAUCAGAGAGAGGGGGCGGAGCUGCGCUUCCUGGUGCUGAGUUUGAAUGAGAGCCAGCAGCGUGACUGCGUGUUUGUCAUCUGCGGCCAACAGUGAGUCAGUCCAACGUGUCUGUGUGAUCCCUGCGAUCCCAUCGUCCAACUGUCAUGGCGUCAUGCGAUCAGCUGGUCAGGGGCUGUUCAUCCCAACACAUACCACAGUGUUGUGGACGAAUCCAGCUCUGACUGUGCUCUUCAUCAGGAUUCAACAUUCAACUGAGGAACCAUUACAAUGAGACGGCAGGUGUGGGAGAGAUCUGACGAAGUGCGUGGGCCCGUGGUGUGACACAGAGCCGGGGAGAUGAGGAUCAUUCUUCCGGUGUUUGGAGGCGGCGAUGGAGGAGAGCCUCGCAGCCUCCGCAGCAAAAUGGGGGGGAUGAGCAGGAUGAGGAAGCUGCUGUGGCUCAGGACGAAUCCCUGCGUGGACGUGCACAUGGACUCUGAGCCUGGUGUGUGGCUGAGGAGCUUCCAGUUGAUAGACACUGAUGCACAGUAUGAGGACCCGGUGCAGGAGUGGGGGGAGGAGGAGGAGGACGGGGCCUUGUUUGGCAUCACGCUCCGCAGGGAGCCCGUCCUGCCGAAUUCCGACACGGGGGAGCUGGCCACGGCUUUCGCCCAGUAUCACACGGUGAAGGUGCGACGGCUGAAGGCCGCCACCCUGGAGCGUCUGGUUACCCACCUGCUGGACCCUGACAACCAGGAGCCCGACUUCACCCGUGUCUUCCUCUCCACCUACAGGGCCUUCACCUCCACCAGCACCCUCAUCGAGCUGCUGUUUCAGAGAGACGACUCAAUCGCCAGCCUGGAUAACACUGUCUGCCCUCGCAGUACCUUACCCCCAGUGAUUCGGCUGUGGCUGAUGGACUACAGUGAAGACUUCCAUGAACCCCCCCAGUACCCGGCCCUCAGGCUGAUUUGUGCACACUUGCACCAUCGCAUCUGCUUCAGACGUCUGGCUAAGACUGCUGAGACCCUGCUCAAGAGGCUACAGGAACAAGAUUGUAGCCGGUCUGCGUCACAGGACAGUGGUAAAUCAUUGCAGCAGGAUCCCAGGGAUGAGGAGGACGGAAGUGACACGUCUGCUAAGGAGGACAAACACAGCUUUAUGGACCUCCCUGUGAGAGAAAUAGCGGAGCAGCUGACCAGACUGGACGCUGAUCUGUUUGCCAGAGUGGUGCCCUUCCACUGCCUGGGCUGCGUCUGGUCCCAGCGUGACAAGAAAGAUAACAGAAACUUGGCGCCCACCGUCCGCGCCACCAUCUUCCAGUUCAACGCCGUCACCAACCGUGUCAUCACCUCACUCCUCUGUCCGUCCUCACCCAGCCCUCCCACUUCCUCUCCCAUCUCAUCGCCCGUCUCCUCCUCUAACUUCCUGUACCCCUCCACGGCCCCGAGCUCACCUCGCUGCUCGCACGCCAGCCCCGCCCACAGAGCACGUAUCAUUGAGAGGUGGAUCGCUGUUGCACAGGAGUGUAGAGAGUUGAAGAAUUUCUCGUCUUUGAGAGCGAUCCUGUCAGCGCUGCAGUCCAACGCUGUGUAUCGCCUCAAGAAGACCUGGGCGGCUGUCAGCAGGGAGAGCACGGCCGCAUUCGACCACCUGUGUGACACUUUUCCUGAUGAAAACUGUGUGUUAACCACAAGAGAGAUCCUCGUGGAGGAUGACAGUCCCUCAGAUAGCAGCACCACCACAGGCUCUAAACCGCGGCUCUGCUCAACGUCCAAACAGAUGAACCUGAGCAGUGGAGUUGUGCCGUACCUGGGCACGUAUCUGACCGUCCUCACCAUGCUGGACACAGCACUGACUGACACAGUGGAGGGCGGACUCAUCAACUUUGAGAAACGCAGACGAGAGUUUGAGAUUCUCUCCCAGAUUCGACAACUUCAGGCUUCCUGUUCCCACUACAACCUCCAGGUGAACCCUCACAUCACAGCCUGGCUGCAGGCGCACACUCUGCUCACAGACCAGGAGAGCUAUGAGCUGUCCCGUGACCUGGAGCCUCCAGUUGACCCGUGUCCCAGCUCCCCCAACUCCUGGAGCAGUCGUCUGCUCACAAAGAAGCUUGCCUCGUUGCGAACAGCCAGUGACAGCUCCAUCAGGAAGACCCAUGCUGAUCAGAUCAGUGUGUCGUCCUCUGGCUCCAGCAGUUCAGAAAUGGAGGACCUCUCCGCCCCUCAGCCUUCCCCCCUCAGACUCAAACUCAAGUCCCUGUCAGGUUCUCUUCUCGACGUAGCCGAGGACUUCUCCUCCUCCUCUCCCAGCCUCUCCACCUCCUCCUGCAGCUCCUCUCAGCCGGACCUCAGCUCCUCCUCUCUGGCGCUGAGCCCUGAGUCAUCAUCGUCCAGCUGCUCACCUCAGGCCUCACUGCCCGUCUACAACAAACAGGUUGCAGACUCAUGCAUCAUCAGGGUCAGUGUGGAGUCUGUCAGCAAUGGAAACGUCUACAAGAGCAUACUGCUGACCAGUCAGGACCACACCCCUCAGGUGAUUCAGAGAGCGAUUGAAAAACACAACAUGGAGGACGUCAGCUGCCACGACUUCAGCCUCUGCCAGAUGCUUAGCAACGGAAAAGAGCUCCAGAUCCCAGACAAAGCCAAUGUGUUCUAUGCCAUGUGCACCAAUGCCAACUAUGACUUUGUCCUGCGCCAGCACUGGAGGAGCCACGGGAGACAUCUUGGCUCUUCUCUCAGCCCCGGAGCUCCAGCCAAGGGUCGCUACGCCAAGUGAUAAGCUACUGCGGGUUCAGGGUACAACUAGGAGACGGACGAGCUGCUCAUCUGCAACAACAAAAUGUAGGUGGUUGUGUGUGUCCACUCAUCACUGUGUGGUCGUCAGUGGAGAGCAGAUGGUGUAUGAGCUGCUCCGCCACAGAGAAUCCCAAGAAACCUGAGAGCUCCGACUCAAAAUACUGACCUGAGGGAGUAUUUUCAGCGUGAAGUCGUCUGUACUGGAAGCGGCAUUGAAAUGUUUUACAUCACACAAUGUUCACCACCGUGAAGAGUUUGGGGAAUAUGUGAAAAAGAGACACCAAGAAGAACCUGAGAUGAUAUUUUUGUAUUCUCAGAUUUUUAUCUUGACAGUGAGACACAUUCACCCAUGAACACUCUUUUAUCACAUUGUGACUUGUAACUCCCACUCGACCCUGGGAGAACACAUCCAUGUCAGCCAGUUAUAGACCUGAGGAGCAGCUGGUCUGAGGAAACAUUGUUGUCCACAUGACAGUGGAACGUGAUGAAUGUGGCCGUGUGGCUGCAGAGUCAGGUCGUCACGCUGGGACGCUGCUUCUCCCGUUUUCUUCCAGCAUGUAUUUUGUUGGAUGAGUAACAGGAGUUGCUGAGAAGGACUUAUUAUGGGAUGUUCACAGUUACCUAAUCGGUCAAAGUUUCUGAACAGAUCUGGGUCAAAACUGACCCCCCACCUCUGUUGUUCUUCUGAGAAUUUAGAUGUUUUAAUGUAACUUAAUGUUAUUUUAUCAACUAAAAUUAUUUAAUGCAUUUCAGUAUUCAGUCUUUAGAAGAAAAGUGGUAAUGAUAAAGUUGUUUCCGUUUUUUAUGUUUUAGUAUAUUUUAAUUAUUCUGAUCCACGCUAUUCUUAGAUGUACACUUCUUAAACUGGGCUAUAGCUAACUCCACCUGUCUACGUGAAAACGAGAUUUUCCCUGAAGAACGGUUCCUGUACGUGAAUAAGAAGCGUCUGAGUACGUGAACUGAUGUGACUUAUGCAUGAUCAUCUCAGUGAUGUGAAAUCCUCCUCCAAACUUUCCCGGGAGCUUUCUGCGAGUUCUAAUAUAGAGUAUCGAUGAUAUAGUCACAAAAAAUAUAAUUAAAAGUCAAUGCUUUCCUGUAAUUUAAAGAUGCGCACAUGAUGGUGAAACCCUGUUGAGUUUGGAGAAGAGUUUUGCACCACUGAGUUUUAAAUCUACUGUGGGUGUGGAAUGUGAGGUUAAAGUUUGGUAAUGAGGUGUGGCAGCUGCAAUAUAAGAAGGAAGAGUCUGUCUGUCUGUCUGUCUCUCUGUCUGUAUGUAAUCUCUUGUUAGUUCUCCUGUAUUAUGUGUCUGAAGUGAAGUCAUCAGCAUUAUGCACACAAUAAUUUUGUUUGAUGUGUCUUUGUUCUUUUUACUCCAACAGAUUCUUUAUUUUAAAGUUUAUUCUAAGCACUUGUUGUCUAUAAUUAGUAUUAAAUGUCCAUUAAUAAAGUCACUUUACAAUUUA